UUUAUUAUAAUCAUAAAUUUCACAUUCCAAAAUCUCUACCCCACCCUUCAACUCUAAACCUUAAGUCUAGAUUAGUUAACUCUAAGGGUAUAAUUGUAUUUUACCCUUCAUUAAAAGUGAGGGUAAAAGUGGUUAGUGUAAACAUAAAAAGUAGUACUAUGAAUGUGGUAUUUGUGGCAAUUUACCUGUUUAGAUACAUUUUAAGAGAAAUUAAAUUUAUGACAAAUCGUUAAAUAAAAUUAAAAAAAAUUUAUGUCAGAUAUUUUACAAAUAUGGUUUACUGUGUUAAUAGAAUUAAUGUUACAACUUUAUAUGAUAUUUCUGUUUAAAAUUUAAAUAUAUUUUAUUAUUUUCUAAUAUUAACUAAAUUGUUUUGUUAUUAUUCUGGUAAACCGAUUUAAAUCCAAUAGAUUCAGAUUUAGACUUUCAUCGAUGUCAUUUGAUUGAUAGAAAAAUAAACAAUGAACAAAGUUUUAAUUGAAGAAUUAGAUAAAUAAAUAAAAAUUGGUUAAUUUGUUUCUCAUAAAAAUUGGAGAGAAAACUUUUUCUUGACAAAUUUCUCUAUACAUAAAAGAAUGAAUGCAGUGGAACUAUUUUAAUGAAUAUAAUUUAUAAAAAAAUGGAGUGGAACUCAUAGAUCAAUAAUUUGCCAAAUACUUCAAUUUAGUUGAUAUAAAAUUUGAGAUAUGUUGAAUUUUGUGAGUAUUCAAUCUAUUUUCACCUCGACAAGAGGCCAAACACAUUACACUGGUCCAAGACUUACAAAGUCGGGUUACGAAUUAUCAGGCUACACACAUUCACGAUUCUUUUUUUAAUCAACGAAUUAAAGAUGUAUUAAAUUUUAAAAACGAAUGAGCGUAUUAAGUUGCAUAAAUACAUGCACCAGUGAUUUCUUUAUAAAGAAACAAACAAGACAUGCAGCCAAUUUUGAAUAUUAUUGAAGCAGCUUAAUGCGUUCGAAAUGGUAGCAACAUCAUUAAUUAAACAAAAUCUAAAAAUGACAUCAACAAAAUACAUACAUACAUCUAUUUGAGUAAUUUGUUAGCUGUAUAAUAUGACAGGAACAUGUAUUGAUGCAUCUUCUCCCCCAUUCAUUCUCUCCCUCUCCUGGUUCUCCGCAGCUCUCUCCCUCUCUCAAAGAGGCAUACAAAGCCAGAAAACAUAUUCUCCCAACGGCAUUUUAUAAGAGACGUCUUGAUACGACCAAAAUUGACUUACAAGUUCAUAUAAAAAGCGAUUAAAGAUCGAAUCAAAACGCCAUGGCCACGGCUAAAAAGCUAUGUUUCAUUGUCAUUCUAUCAUUGUGUCUCCUAAAUGUGGAAUUCUCACGUGCACAGGAGGACUCUCCAUCACCUGCUACCUCACCGGAACGUGAGGCACCAGCACAUUCUCCUCUUCCACCACCGUCUUCUUCUUCACCAGAAUCACAUUCCUCUCCCUCACCAUCUCCAUCACGGUCACCGUCACCAUCUCCAUCACGGUCACCGUCUCCAUCUCCAUCACCAUCACCAUCACCAUCACCAUCACCAUCACCAUCACCAGAAGCGGUUCCCCUUCCGCCACCAGCUUCAUCACCAGAUUCUCCACCACCAUCUCCUCAGCAGGAACCUCCUUCCCCAUCUCCAUCAUCAUCAUCUUCUUCUCCAACUCCUGAACCAGCACCUGCUCCUGCUCCAUCAGACGAUGAUGCCGAUGAUGAUGCAGAGGAGGAGACAGAGAAUUUCCCUUCUCCGGCCCCAUCUCCUGCGCCGGCAGAAGAGGGAGAUCCAGAGGACAUCAAAGCAAGCGAGGAUGGUGAAUUCGAGCAAGACGGAGAUGAAGACCGCGGGAUGAGCGGAUGGAAGAAAGCAGGGAUCGCCAUUGGAGGAAUAGUUGGAGUAGGAGCCAUUGCAAUAGGAGCUCUUGUUUACAAGAAACGAAAAGAUAACUUAGCCAGAGCUCGUUACACUUACUUCAACCAAUCAGAGUUUCUUUAAACCUCCUUUCUUUUGUCUUUUUCGGAAAAGAAAAAAAAAACAUAUACUAAAAAAAAUCCUUACAUUGUGUUUUGUUUUAAUGUAAAAAAAACGACAAUAGAUGUUUGCUUUGGUGAUACAUGAUUGAGUCUUUGUCAUCUCUUAUAAAAAAAAAAGAGUUUUAUUA